AUGCAGAUGCGAAACCUCCUCACCCUCCUGGCGGCCUCUGUGGCUACCGCCCAGCGAACGGGCAUCCCGCCGCCCGCCAUGAACGGCACCAUCACCACGACCAUCGUGGUGAACUCGUUCGUGACCUACUGCCCCGUGCCCACCGUCAUCACCUGGAAGGACGUGUGCUACACGGCCAAGACCCCCGGGCCCGUGACCAUCACCAACUGCCCAUGCACCAUCACCACCACCGUCCCCAAGGUCACUGUCGGGCCUCCCCCGGUCCAGACCAAGGAGGGCAUCCCGCCCCCGCCGCCCAAGAACGACUACCCGCCCCCUCCUCCUCCCCCCCCAGCUCCCCCAGUCAAGGGCGACUCCCCCGUUGCUCCUCCCCCACCUGCUCCCCCCGUCAAGGGCGACUCCCCCGUCGCCCCUCCGGCCGCGCCCGUCCCGGCGCCGCCCCAGAACGGCCAGCAGACCGGCGCGUACCAGCCCGUCGCGCCCAAGCCGACUUACGUCACUGCCGGAGCCGCGGGCCUCAAGGCCUCGGCGCUCGUGCUGGCUGGCGCGCUCGCCGGUGUGGCGGCUCUGUGA